AUGCCGGAGGUCAAGACCCGCCUGGCCGGACCGGCGGACGCACAAACAGUCGCCAGCCUUCUUUUUGGCCUCUUGGAUGAGCUCUGGAGCGGAAAGGGCCCCGACGUCGAAAGCCUUACCCGCACUGCAACCGACGUCAUUGGCGAUCCGACUGUGACUGCAGCACUCGCAUACGUGGACGACGAGCCCGUCGGCGUCGUCACCAUCAAUGAGUGCACGGCCAUCUACGCCGGCGGAAAGUUUGGCGAAGUCUCGGAGCUAUACGUCUGCCCGCGCAUGCGGUCGCAGGGCGUGGCGCCUCGUCUCAUUGACGUUGCAGUGGCUCAGGCGCAGCAGCGAGGAUGGAAGCGCCUGGAGGUUUGCGCACCGGCUCAGCCGAAAUGGAGUCGCACGCUGAGCUUUUACAAACAAAACGGCUUUCGAGAGCUUGGCCCGAGGCUGUGUCGCGAUAUCUAA